UUUGUUCUUGGAUUCUUCCCUUUGGAUUAUGUUUUGUUUGGAGUUACCCUUUGUUUGAACCUUUGCCGCCGAGCUCCCAGCGUUAGUUUUGUGUGUUAAUAAAUCUUUAUUCGAACUGCAACUACCUCGCCUACAGUCUGCAUUUGGGUCCACACCUCAGUUCUCAGCUUCUGCACUCAGCUGCCCUUGACAAGAACCUGACUGAUCUCUGAUUGGUCAGCUGUGAACAGUUAGACCAGUUGACGGUGAUGUGGAUCUGAACUCACCGUGGACUAGCAUGUUCUUCAGUCUCUGGUUCUCCACCGACAGUUCUGCCUUUUCUCUCUCCAGCUCUCGAACCCGCGAACGAAGGAAGUGAAGCUCAGAGGCCUGUGACGGGUUCAGGACCGACUCACCGGACACACCUGACUCCACCUUCACCACCUGUGGAGCGGGGGGGUGUCUCAUGAUCAAACAGGCCACCGUGAUUGGCUGUAACUCCUCUUCACCUGUUGUCGUGGUGAUCUAAGUGACAUCAUCUGAGCCUGUCUCCUUUGUGCUCGGUAAUGUGACAACAUUUGAUUCUGUUGUGUUCAGUACGGCAGAAAAUCUGCAGCUGUCAGAUAAAUGUAGGAGAAGAGUGUAGUACAGCGGAGGGAAAGUACUUUAAAAGUGUACUCGAGUAAACAUAGUGAUUUACUGGUAAGAGUACACAGUAUGGAGACAUCACAUCCUGUCCUGCUCAGGCUGCUGAGACUCAGCGUGCAGCGCCCCCCACAGGCCAGACACACAGCUGCUGUCUUUAGUUUCUAAUUAUAUUUGUUCUGCACAUGUUGGUCUAAACUCCGAUUAUUCUACAUCAAGUCACGAUCAGUAAUAAAGGAACUGAUCACUGAUCAGCACCAGCUGUUUGACCAGUCAGUACAUCUGAUCACUGAUCAGGAACAGCAGCUGUGAUGGAUUAUCAAUAAGGAGGAGCACGUAUUUAUACACACACGAAGUACCCGCUGCGGGAACACGUAAACAGCCUGAGUACACGUGUAUUUAUACACACACGAAGUACCCGCUGCGGGAACACGUAAACAGCCUGAGUACACGUGUAUUUAUACACACACGAAGUACCCGCUGCGGGAACACGUAAACAGCCUGAGUACACGUGUAUUUAUACACACACGAAGUACCCGCUGCGGGAACACGUAAACAGCCUGAGUACACGUGUAUUUAUACACACACGAAGUACCCGCUGCGGGAACACGUAAACAGCCUGAGUACACGUGUAUUUAUACACACACGAAGUACCCGCUGCGGGAACACGUAAACAGCCUGAGUACACGUGUAUUUAUACACACACGAAGUACCCGCUGCGGGAACACGUAAACAGCCUGAGUACACGUGUAUUUAUACACACACGAAGUACCCGCUGCGGGAACACGUAAACAGCCUGAGUACACGUGUAUUUAUACACACACGAAGUACCCGCUGCGGGAACACGUAAACAGCCUGAGUACACGUGUAUUUAUACACACACGAAGUACCCGCUGCGGGAACACGUAAACAGCCUGAGUACACGUGUAUUUAUACACACACGAAGUACCCGCUGCGGGAACACGUAAACAGCCUGAGUACACGUGUAUUUAUACACACACGAAGUACCCGCUCAGUCUCACCGUCAGCCCGGCGCCGCCGCCGCUGUGUGUCCGCCGCAGGACGCUGCAGUCCGGACUCUCCGCCAUCAUCACACCGGAGACACGAACGGGACUUUAAUGGCGGAUGGACCCGGUACCGUCCCGGUUCUUUGGCCGCGCGCUGGCUCCGAAAAACACACAAAGAAAAACAAGUUUAUUAAAAUUCAUAAGUGCAUCCACUUCCGGUGCCUCUCCGUGACGUCGGUCGUGCGUGGCCACGCUGUAGUCUUACUGGAGGACGUCUGCAACGUUUGUGUGCGUGCAGCGGGACUACAGUACCCAGAGUGCACCGCGGCCGGCAGACUGUAAACAAGGACGGAGGCUGAAGGACGACGCGACUAAUGAUCGUGUUUGUGAGGUAUAACCUGGGUCCAGGUGUGGCUAUGGAGCUGCAGGAGGAGUCCAGCGUGGCCGAGCUUAAGGAGGUGGUGGGGAGUCAGCAGGGAGUCCGACCAGAGUGCCUCAGGGUUCUAUUCGCUGGGAGGGAGCUGAGGAGCAGCGCCACGCUGCAGGGUUGUGACCUCCCAGAGCAGAGUACUGUCCAUGUGGUCCUCCCCCCAUCAGGUUCCUCCUCCUCGCGGCUGCUCCUCCUGCAGGAGCGCCUGGCUCGUAGCAGGGAGGAGGAGCAGGACUCUCUGACGCGGCUGGACCUCAGCUCCUCACGCCUCCCCUCCACCUCCUCUGGCCUGGCGGUGAUCCUGGAGGGGAGAGAUGGAGGAGCAGAGGAGGCCAGAGAGGAGGCGCAGGCUCCAGGUGUGCGUACCCGCAGUACUUUCUUUGUGUACUGUAAGAGCUGCCGGUCGGUCCAGCCCGGAAAACUCAGAGUCCGCUGCCGAAGCUGCCGCCAGACCACGCUGACGCUCAGCAGGGGUCCGUCCUGCUGGGAUGAUGUUCUCCUCCGAGGUCGGAUCCACGGCGUGUGUCAAUCAGACGGUUGUCCUGGCAAUGAAGCG